AUGGUAGAUCUGUUACUGAAGAAGGGAGCAGACAUCGUUGCGAAAGAUAUAUACGGCAAUAACCUCCUACACACGGCAGCUUCUUAUGGAGCUGAAAAAGUUGUGGAAUAUUUACUUGGCGACAAGACCGGAAACAAAAAUUUUGAAAAUAAAAAUUUCGAAAUCGACGUGAACCUUCCAAAUAACAACGGAUGGACGCCAUUACAUAUUGCCGCCGAAAAAGGAAACGAAAAAUUGUGCGAACAUCUGCUUCAAAAUGGCGCUCACGUAGACGUCAAAUCAGCCGGCGGGAAAACUGCAUUACACUGGGCAUCCAUAGCUAACUCGAGUGAGUGUGUUGCUCUUCUAUUGAAACAUUCGGCAGACGUUUCUGUGACAGACAAUUUUGGGAAGACC